UGAUGAUCCAUGGCACGAAGCCUCCAGUUAUGAUCCAUGCCAAGCCUCCAGUUAUGAUCCAUGGCACGAAGCCUCCAGUGAUGAUCCAUGGCACGAAGCCUCCAGUGAUGAUCCAUGGCCCGAAGCCUCCAGUGAUGAUCCAUGGCACGAAGCCUCCAGUGAUGAUCCAUGGCACUAAGCCUCCAGUGAUGAUCCAUGGCCCGGAGCCUGUAGUGAUGAUCCAUGGCACGAAGCCUCCAGUGAUGAUCCAUGGCCCGAAGCCUCCAGUGAUGAUCCAUGGCACGAAGCCUCCAGUGAUGAUCCAUGGCACUAAGCCUCCAGUGAUGAUCCAUGGCCCGGAGCCUGUAGUGAUGAUCCAUGGCACGAAGCCUCUAGUGAUGAUCCAUGGCACUAAGCCUCCAGUGAUAAUCCAUGGCCCGGAGCCUGUAGUGAUGAUCCAUGGCACGAAGCCUCUAGUGAUGAUCCAUGGCACUAAGCCUCCAGUGAUGAUCCAUGGCACGAAGCCUCCAGUGAUGAUCCAUGGCACGAAGCCUCCAGUGAUGAUCCAUGGCACGAAGCCUCCAGUGAUGAUCCAGGGAAAGGAGCCUCCAGCGAGGGUUCCCAGUCCGGAGCCUGCGGCGAGGGUUCCCAAUCCGGAGCCUGCGGCGAGGGUUCCCAGUCCGGAGCCUGCGGCGAGGGUUCCCAGUCCGGAGCCUGCGGCGAGGGUUCCCAGUCCGGAGCCUGCGGCGAGGGUUCCCAAUCCGGAGCCUGCGGCGAGGGUUCCCAGUCCGGAGUCUGCGGCGAGGGUUCCCAAUCCGGAGCCUGCGGCGAGGGUUCCCAGUCCGGAGCCUGCGGCGAGGGUUCCCAGUCCGGAGCCUGCGGCGAGGGUUCCCAGUCCGGAGCCUGCGGCGAGGGUUCCCAGUCCGGAGCCUGCGGCGAGGGUUCCCAGUCCGGAGCCUGCGGCGAGGGUUCCCAGUCCGGAGCCUGCGGCGAGGGUUCCCAGUCCGGAGCCUUCGGCGAGGGUUCCCAGUCCGGAGCCUCGGGUGACGAUCUACGGUCCGGAGGUCCCGGCGACGAUCCCUGCACCAGAGGCACCGCCGAAGUGGGGGGAGCCUCAAGCGGAGCGGGGUCUGCGUCCUGGACCGGAGCCCCCACCGAGAGUAGAUGCCCACCCGGACCCUCCCCUCUAAGAUCAAGUUUGCGGCCGGAGUCCGCACCUUUGGGGCAGGGGGGGUACAGUCACGCCCUGACCUUAGAGAUCCUUUCUAUUCUCUAUGUUUGGUUAGGUCAGGGUUUUGUUUGAGUGUUUUUUGAAAAUAAAAUAUCAUGAACACUUUCCACGCUGCGCUUUGAUCCACUCCUUUGGACGAGAGCCGUUACAAUUAUUGGGUUCAAAUACACAUUUAGAUUUGUGAACAGCCAUCCACAACAACCACAAUCCGUAGGGUGCAAAUAGCUAAAUGAGAGAACAGCAGUGUGAUUCACAUCAAUGCGCUAUGUAGAUAUCAAUAAUAAGUGAUAUCCGUAUCGCCGUAGACUACACCACUGAUGUCAUCCUUACCUCCAAGCGUUUAUUCAGGUUGGAUCAUCUUUGGAUGCCGACAGCAGUCGCACCAUUGGAAGACAUAGCUUGGACUGUAGCCUACAAAAGCCUAUUCUUGCUCUUUUCCCACGAUCCAUCAAACACAUCUGGUGUGUCAUCAUAAUGAUCUCUGACUUGUGGUCAGACUCGCUCAGGUGGAACAAAUUUACACUUGCGCCUUUUUUCAAUGCUGAUUUGAAUGUCAUUGAGAAAAGUAAAGUAUAUCAAAGAUGGGUUUUUUGUUCCGCAAACAUCCUUUAUGAAUUUAGAAGUAAUCUUUCUAAGUAAUCAUCUAGUUUUUCAAAGUAUCUGUAAUCUAAUUACAAUAUUUUUGCCUGUAAUGUAACGGAUUACAGUUACCUUUUUUGUAAUCCCUUACAUGUAAUCCGU